GGAGGGCUUAUAACUCGAUUAUCUAGCUACCCAAAGGUUGUGAGAUUCAAUCUCAUCACGGACAACUUUACAAUGUAGAACUCCGUCUCUGAUCCUGAGUCAAUGUCGCUAAUAUCCAGCUCCAACCUCUAAAUAGUCCGCAUAGCCCUCAAACUCCGUCUCUGAUCCUGAGUCAAUGUCUCUAAUAUCCAGCUCCAACCUCUAAAUAGUCCGCAUAGCCCUCAAACUCCGUCUCUGAUCCUGAGUCAAUGUCGCUAAUAUCCAGCUCCAACCUCUAAAUAGUAGACCUUAUCCUAGCUGGCCCAGAGUACUGCUUAAAAAUCCUUCUUUAACCUGUCUCAUCCCUUUCAUCUACAGUUGAUUGAAGUGCAUUUAACAUGUGACAUCAAUAAGGGAUCAUUGCUUCCAGCUGGUCAGUCUACGUCAUGGAAAGAACAGAAGUUCUUAACAUGUGAUGGUAUGAGAUGCCACUUGGGCAGAUCUUGGAGCCCAAAGCUCUAACAGAGCUUUGCUGCACUAAUCUUCCCCUCCACUACCUUCACACAUGUAUAGAUCCUAUCUCCACACGUCUACUAGUCCGUGCUGUUUUAACACAUUGGUUAAGGCUGUGGAUGACCUUCCUCCCAGUUCCUAUCUAGUGUCGAAUCUGUUUUACAGCUCCUCCAUUUCUCCAUCCUCAUCGGGCAGCUCCACGGAAUCCGGAGCCCCCCGGCUUCCCCCACAAUCACCCCGCAUGUCUAUAAUUCCACUGGGCACAUCACCCCGCGUGUCUGUAAUUACACUGGGCACAUCACCCUGCGUGUCUGUAAUUACACUGGGCACAUCACCCUACGUGUCUGUAAUUACACUGGGCACAUCACCCUGCUUGUCUGUAAUUACACUGGGCACAUCACCCUGCUUGGCUGUAAUUACACUGGACACAUCACCCUGCGUGUCUGUAAUUACACUGGGCACAUCACCCUGCGUGCCUGUAAUUCCACUGGGCACAUCACCCUGCGUGUCUGUAAUUACACUGGGCACAUCACCCUGCGUGCCUGUAAUUCCACUGGGCACAUCACCCGGCGUGUCUGUAAUUACACUGGGCACAUCACCCUGCGUGCCUGUAAUUCCACUGGGCACAUCACCCGGCGUGCCUGUAAUUCCACUGGGCACAUCACCCUGCGUAUCUAUAAUUACACUGGGCACUUCACCCUGUGUGUCUAAAAUUCCACUGGGCACAUCACCCUGCGUGUCUAUAAUUACACUGGGCACAUCACCCGGCGUGUCUGUAAUUACACUGGGCACAUCACCCUGCGUGUCUGUAAUUACACUGGGCACAUCACCCUGCGUGCCUGUAAUUCCACUGGGCACAUCACCCUGCGUGUCUGUAAUUACACUGGGCACAUCACUCAACGUGUCUAUAAUUACACUGGGCACAUCACCCUGCGUGUCUGUAAUUACACUGGGCACAUCACCCUGCGUGUCUGUAAUUACACUGGGCACAUCACCCUCCGUUGUCUGUAGAUUCCACUGGGCACAUCACCCUGCGUGUCUGUAA